ACUUUCUGCUGUAUCUUGCUCUCUGUGUGUCAUCUAUAGAGAGUGAAUUGUGACAGGUUAUCUCAGAAUUAUGGAUAUUGUGACUAGGAUAAGGCUGUGGUUUAGAUGCUGUAAAGAUGUUGCUCCUUAGCCACUAUCAGUUUUAUUUCUCAUUAUAGUGAGCUGUCCUUUUUUGGCUUCAGAGACCAGUGAGGAAGAUUCAUUCCUUCAAAAUGGUGACACCUGUGAAAGCUGUGGCCUUACUUGGACAUGUUUUAUCCUGGAAUGAUAACACAAAGAAGGUGGGAUCUAUUCAACUGGAGGAAAAGCCUCGUAUACCAGAACCUCCCUACAGAACCUGAAACGCAGAGCCCUGACCCAAACCACAAAAGAACAAGAAGCACAGGGAGCAGGAGCUCUCAGGAGCCACAGCUGAAAACCUGAAUCAGCAAGCAAAAAAAAACAGUAAAUUGAAGAGUUCUGUGGGAAAUUAUAAGCUGAAAUGAAAAACAAAUCUGUGACUAGCAGAGAAAGCUGAAACAGAGAUUGGAAGUAUAGAAAAAGCGCUUCAUGCUUCUAGACAGUGAAAUUGAUGUUCCACUUGGGACAGAAGAAUAUCACUUGUAUCCAGUUGGGACAGCAGCUAUUGGAUAUGACACAUGGUACCUCCGGCUGAAGGAAAAGUGCUGAAAGGAAAAAAUACUGACUAGUAAAUUACUGGAAAGUGCAAAGAAAGCCCAUGGGAAAAGUGCCAAAGAAUUGAAAAACAAUGCAGGAUGAGGUAACAAAGACGUGCCUGAAAACCUCGUGGUUCAACUGGAAGCUUCUACUAUGCUGGAAAGUCAGAGAGGCUUGAAAAAAUUAUGAACAUCAGGAAAAUCACUGAACUAAAAAGGGAGCCAUGAAAAGCAAUGACAAAAGAGAUCUCAUUACCAAGGAAAAACCAAGAAAGAGCCUGGGGGUGUAUUUCAAAGAAGUUGUGACCAGGCUCAGCUUCACCACAUUUCAAAGGAACUGGGGAACCUGAACCUUUCUUCUGCCCUUUUUUUUUUUUUUUUGUGUUAAGAAAGCAAUCAAAAGCACAGGCUGCAUCCAUCAUGCUGAAAAACAUAAAGCCAGCACAGUAUGAGAGGACAAAAACUUCAAGAAAUGGGGAGGAAGUAAGUGAAUGUCUGUGAAGAAGUGAUUUAGCUCCAGAAUGGAAGUGUGGAGUCAACAAUUUGAUGUCUGUGAUAAAGGUCCCACACACUGGAGGGGUGUUCUUGCUGUGUCCUGGGACUGUGUUCUGCAGGGAUACUGCAGCAGGUGAAAGGUACUGUGACUGUAGGAUUUGAAGGAAGACAAGCUGAAUUUUUAGAGACUGGCUGUUCAUGUUGCUGGUUACCAUGGAGUGAUUGUUCUCCAGGAAAGCCAUCUUCUUUUGCCAUUGAGUAAUUGACUGUCCAGAGUCACCACGUAUCAUGAAGAGAUUUAGAUGGUAGGGCACAUGUGAGAUCUGCAAAGUCCCCAGGAGAAACAUCAGGAACAGGCACAAAGUGCUCAGUGAGGGCCAGCAAUGGCCCAGCUGCCAGGAGGAUGCCCAGGAUCAUUUCUCUGCUGCUGUUUGCCAUGGGCAUGGACUGACUCUGGAAUCGGUCCAGACUACAGUGCAGACUCUGUACUUGCCAUGGUAUAAAAGGACAGGGCACUGAGUUAUUGUGAGGUGGCUCUGAAAAGCCAUCCCUCUUCUCUUGGAAGAAAGAACUGUCCUGGCAAGGGUAGGGUGAGCUUUCCCACAUCAAUUAACUUCAAUCCAUUCUCGUUGGAACACAGAUGUCACAGUGAUGCAAAAAAAGCCUGACAAUUUGGAGGAGCCUCCCUUUCCCCAGGAAACUAUAAGAAGAAGGGAAGUGUACUUUGAAGAUACAUAUAUAUAAAAAAGCAGUUAAUCUUUUCCUGGAGCCAGUGCUUGCUACAUCAAGUCCAUUCCUGGUGCUGUCAAUCAUUAUCCAGCCAGCACAUUGUUCAGAAGGUGGAGCUGUCAGGCAGAAAGAAUGAAAGGUAAGGAAAGGAAGGCUCCUGCUCCUUGCUGAUGCCAAGGGUAAGUGAGAUUAUGUCAAACCUUUAAAGAGAGUCCCCUUUCUCUGCCCCACCCCCUGCUCCUAUAUAACACACACUGCAUUUAGCAAUACCUGCUUCCACCCAGCCAGCAGUGGGGUGAGUGCUAGCUGCUCCCCUCUGCUGAUGGAUGCUGUGGCCAGCAGCCCCCUUGGCUGGCUCUGUGCAGGUGUCACCACGCUUUUUGGGGUUGCCAUGGCCCAGAGGAGCCCGCUGGACAAAGCAAAGGUGCUGCUCUGCAGCCUCCUGCCUGCCUUGCUGUGUGUGGCCACGCUGGGGGCUGGCGAGGGGCUGGGGGUGUUUGUGGCCAUGUGCCUCGUCUGCUGCGUGUGCCUGGGGGACAGGGACCUGCUGCCCGUGGGUGACAGAGCUGUGCUCAUCACAGGAAGUGACACUGGGAUUGGACAUGCACUGGCUAAAUACCUGGACAGCUUGGGUUUUGUUGUGUUUGCUGGGGUUUUGGACAAGGACGGCCCUGGAGCUGAGGAGCUGCGGCGCUCCUGUUCCCAGAGACUCUCUGUCCUGCAGCUGGAUAUCACCAACACCUCUCAGGUCAAGGAGGCCUAUCUGACAGUCUCAGAGAAGGUGCAAAAUGCAGGACUUUGGGGUGUCGUGAACAACGCGGGAAUCCUGGGCUUCCCUGCUGAUGGGGAGCUGCUCCCCAUGAGCACCUACAGGCACUGCAUGGAGGUGAAUUUCUUCGGGGCUGUGGAGGUGUCCAAGACCUUCUUGCCGUUGCUGCGGAAAUCCCAGGGGAGGCUGGUGAACAUGUCCAGCAUGGCAGGAGGCAUUCCACUACCGAGGUACGCUGCGUAUGGGGCAUCCAAAGCAGCUCUGUCCAUGUUUUCUGGAGUAAUGAGGCAAGAGCUUUCCAAAUGGGGCAUUAAAGUCAUGGCAAUUCAUCCAUCAGGCUUCAGAACAGGUAUUGAAGGCACAGCAGAGCAGUGGGACAAGCAGGAGAAGGAGCUGAUGGAGAACCUCCCUGCAGACACCAGGCAGGCCUAUGGAGAGGAAUAUCUCCUGGGGCUGAGGAGUUACCUCCUCCACCUGCCCUCCCACUGUGCCCCCGACCUGUCCCCAGUGCUGGGCUCUGUUCUGCAUGCUCUGCUGGCCAGGAGACCCCAGGGCCUCUACACCCCUGGCAAGGGGGCCUAUGUCCCCCUCUGCAUCUUCUGCUGCUUCCCCCUCUGGUUCUACGACUUCUUCAUCAGCAAGGUGCUGAGUGCUGGCUCUGUUCCAAGGCAGCUGAGGACAUCAGGAGAUGGAGGCAAGAACCCCUGAGGUGUCCACUGGUGUUUCUCUCACUGGAUGGGGUAGCUGGAAAGAGCUCUGGACAGACACUGCUGCUUAUUGUGCUCUCUUUGUUAAGUUGCAUUAACAUUAAAUCUCUGUGUUAAGAGUCAUGUUUGGGAAAAGCAGUGGAUAAACAUAAAUAGAAAGCUAAUCUCAGAUGGGGCAUUUGUUGAGGAAUUUCAGUGUUUUCUUGUUGUCUUUGUAUCCUGCUUUCUGUGUCUUUGUAUUACCUCGUGAAAUGAUAUAGUUCCUGUCUGCUUCUAAGGGCAUCACUGAUAUGCAGAGAUGCAGAAUAGGUUUUGUUAAAGCAAAACAAAAACCCUUAGAGAGUCACCAACCUUAAAUCUUGUAAAAAGUUAAAUAUAUUCCUGUUGUUGAAGAGACUUAGAUCUGUGUAAUACAAGUCUUUUUAUCUACAGCUUCAGCCUGAUAUGUUUGGGGUCUGGUGUUUUCAUUCUGUUGUUGAACCUGAGAAAUUAUUGUCCUUUUCCCCCCAAGUUUUGUAAUGUAUACAUUCAGUUUCAAUGCAUAGUGUUUAGUUUUAAAGUUUGUAAUGCGUUCUCUUUGCUAGAAUAAGCAACACAAACUGGUUGGGGGAGAAAUGAAUGCAAACAGAUCAAGAUCUUUAUGAAGAGAUGAAUGAUUUCCUUCCUACAGUACUAAAAAUAGUCAUGGUGGGUGAAUCAGCUGCUAAUUUGAUCUGUCUGGGUCAUUCUGUCAUUGCCUGUAUAUGCCUGUGCUUAUCUAAUUGUUAGUAAACUCUGAUGUCAUUUCUGCUUUUUGUACAAUUCCUUACUCAAGUCUGGCUUUACAAAGAAUUCAUGGUUUUGCCCACUUUUGAUACCUUCUUGUUGUUGAUACCCCCUCUGCUUUGGGGGGAGUUUGUGCUCACUCAUCCAAGAUCAGUCAAUCCUCAUGUGGCUUUGCUGGAGUCCAGUGCCCAACUUCUGAUAGCCUGGGGUCGCUCCCCUUGCCUAAUUUCCUUCCAGGAGCACCAGGUGCCCUCCCUCCACUCUCCAAUGGCAAGUGGUUGGGCAACUCACCUGUAUUUUUCCUGCCUUAUUCCCUUUUUGCAUUGUCUGUCGCAUCCUUGGACUUUGAAAGGCUGCGAUAUUUUGAAAGAAAUCCUCAUCCCCCUGACUCCCAUGGUUUGGCCACGUGUCCUGUCUUUGACAAGAUGCAUUUCUUUUCCAGUGAUGACAAACUGAAAGUGAUCACAUUCUGAGCUUUAAAUGUAGCCACACUUUUUUCCUUUCCUUCAUGAGCAACUUCUAACUCUUCUGUCAUAACCCUACUGGUGUGAUGUGCUCUUGCACCCAACUGGACAAAAUCACUAUUUAAUUUGCAGCUAUGGCAUUUAUUCCAUCACUGUCCUGUGUCUGUCACCUCAGUGCCAGACUCCUGUAGAUGCACAGAGGAUUCUCAGAGGGCUUGGGCCAUCAUUUGAGUCUGUGCUCCAGUGGGGAAACCCUCCUGUCCUGUACUCAUUGUCACAAUAUCUGCUUUUGCUACUGAGGUUUAUCACCUGAUGGGUUUGUAUCAGUGCCCUGACUGUUGCAGACUUUUGCUUUCCUUGGAGGAAGUAAGUGUACUCCAUGUUUUGAACUCAGGAAAUCUGAGACUAUUUUUCUUUCUUUCUCCCAAUUUUUUCCUUUAUCUAUUUCCCUCUUUUUAAAUGUGUAAACAAAAAUAUGUAAU